AUGGCAACCGCGGAGCGUGCGGAACCCGCGCAGCGCCCCGCGCCCGCGCCCCGCGCCCGCGCCCCGGCCGCUCUGGCCAGCGGGAGCGGGCUCGGGUCCACCGGGCGCGGCCGGCGCGUGCAGUCCCGCGGCGCCGGGGGCUUUUGGAGACCGUGGCUUCCGGUCCCGGGACCGAGGGAGGAGCGGGCGCCGCGCCACGCGGCCCAGGCGAUGCCCCGUGGUCCCGCAAGGACAGAAGCCCCGGGAAAGUUUCCCCAAUACCGACACCCAGUCAGACUAUUUUGGCCCAAAUCAAAGUGCUAUGAUUACUUAUAUCAAGAAGCAGAAACUCUUCUGAAAAAUUUCCCAGUUCAAGCUACAAUUUCCUUUUAUGAAGAUUCUGAUAGUGAAGAUGAAAGUGAGGAACUGGCCUGUGAACAUCAAUACAAUUAGUUACUUCUGAUGAUAACCACAGCUUGUAGGAUUUAAAUUCAGUGUAUAAAUGUAUC